GAAGUUCAAGAAUACAGUUCAAGUUAUCGAGUUAUCACUCAUACAGAUAUCCUAUUAUCAUUCAAGAUGAAACGAGUCAUUCGAUAUCUCACUAGUAAAGAGAUGAAGGAUUAUCUGACAAGCACUGUAAGUGUCUCAAAUUUAAUUCUUCGCUUUACAACCACAAGCAAAACAUUAUACUGACAUUCAGUUGCUGUUUGUAGCAUUUUUGGGGGCCUAUAGCUAACUGGGGUUUGCCUGCUGCUGCUAUAGCUGAUACUCAGAAGAAUCCGGAAAAGAUUAGUGGGAAAAUGACUACAGCCAUGGUGUUUUAUUCAUCUGCAUUCAUGAGAUUCGCUCUUCGUGUGCAGCCAAGAAAUCUUUUACUAUUUGCCAUGCAUAUUACGAAUGUGUCAGCACAAAGUGUACAAUUGUACCGUUUUCUUGACUUUUGGUUCGUCAAGGAUGAGAAUCAACGUCAGACCGUGAGGAAAUAUUACGAUAGCCUGGAAUUGGCACAAUGAAACGUUUUAUG